AUGGAGCAACCUGAAUCAGCCGAUUCCAUUUCUGAUCCCAGCCAACUCGCGAUUCAAUCUCCCUCGUCCUCGCCCCCGCCCCCUCUUCAGGAUCCAGAUCCUCAACCCUCCUCGUAUGAGCAUGCUCCUCCUGAUCACGCCGCCGACAAGGAUGAAGAGCAGCUGGUUGAGAGGCAGCUGCAGCUGAAGCAGACUCACGGCAAGGAGGAGGAUAGAGAGGUAGAGGGAGUGGUGGUGGUGACCGAGAGACAUUUGGGCCAGUUGAAUGGGCAAAGAGAGGUUGAGGAGCAGCCGGAGCACCAUAACAAUGGCGAUAGUGAUGUGGUUGAAGAAACGAAUGUUCCGGAUAUGAAUGAGCACGCUGAGACACUGGAGGAGUUGGAGGAGAAUGAAGGUGGCGAGGAGGUCGAGGAGUGGAAUCAUGCGACAAGCAAUGGCGGUGGGAUGAUUAGGCAGCACCAGUUUCCGGUGAGGCCUGACGCCGAAGAUUGCUCUUACUAUAUGAAGACAGGGAAUUGCAGAUUCGCCUCCAAUUGCAAAUUUAACCACCCGGUUAAGAGGAAAACCCAGGUGACAAGGGAAAGAAUGUGGGAGAAAGAAGAAUCAGCAGAGAGACCAGGGCAGAUUGAAUGCAAGUAUUACUUGAGGACAGGGGGCUGUAAAUAUGGAAAAGCUUGUAGAUUCAACCACUCCAAAUUAAGAGCUCCACCAGUCUCUGCAAAGUCACCAGUGAUGCAGAUUCUUGAGUUUAACUUUCUUGGUCUACCGAUCCGAGUGGGAGAGAAAGAGUGUCCAUAUUAUAUGCGCAAUGGUUCCUGCAAGUAUGGGUCAAACUGCAGGUUUAAUCAUCCUGAUCCAACAGUGGUGGGGGAAAAUGAAAAUUCUUCAACAAUUGCUAAUGGUGGAUCUCCAUCUAUCAAUGCAUCAUCACAUUCAAACAUACCACCAUGGUCUCCGCUACCGCCAAGACCAGCACUGAGCGAGGCUCUCCCUUAUGUCCCAAUAAUGUUUCCCCCAAAUCAAGGGGCAAAUUCCCAGAAUCUGGAAUGGAAUGGGUAUCAGGCUCCUGUAUAUCCUUCGCCAGAGCGAGGUAUGGCUACCUCUCCUCUGCCAUAUGUCAUGACCAACCCUGCAAUAGGAACAAAUAUUUACAGUCAUCAGCAAAAACCCAUGGUGGUAGAUGAGUACCCAGAGCGACCUGGUCAACCAGACUGCAGUUAUUUCUUGAAAACUGGGGGUUGCAAGUUUAAGGGCAAUUGCAAGUUUAAUCAUCCUAAGAAUUGGAUCACAAAAUCGCCUUCCUGUGUUCUUAGUGAUAAGGGCCUGCCAUUGAGACCUGAUCAAACUGUAUGUGCUUACUACAGUCGGUACGGGAUCUGCAAGUUUGGUCCUGCAUGUAAAUUUGACCAUCCGAUUCAACCGGACUCCUCAACAGGGUCUCUUGAUCGUCAUCAGUUUCAUGCCUUUGGAAACUCUGGCACCGACGAAGAAGAUGGGAGACUGGCUGAGAACGUAGAUUCAAAUAUCUGA